AUGAAGCUUACUCAGGCGAUAUCGUCAAAACGUGACAUAUCUCCAUUUUAUGUGAUGGAGGUUAUGGCUAAAGCAGACAAACUAGAAGCAGAGGGGCAGCAGAUUUGUCACUUAGAAGUUGGAGAACUAGAUUUUCAGACGCCAAAAGAGAUACAAGAAAGUACGAUCGAAGCACUGCAAUCAGGAGCUCAGAAUUAUACACAUACACUUGGUAAUAACGUAUUACGUCAAGCUAUUGCAACAAAAUUUUUACAAGAAGAUAUUGUUGUAGAAAUAGAGCAAAUUCUUGUUUCAACAGGUACAAGCCCAAUACUUUUUAUGGUACUGGCAGCAGUUUUAGAUGCUGGCGAUGAAGUUAUCCUUUUUGAUCCUGGUUACCCUUGCUAUGCUAAUUUUGCCAAACUAUUAAAUAUAAAAAUACGGACUGUUAAAUUGAAAGCCGAGGAUGGCUUUCGGCCAAAUCCAAAUAGUUUACGACAGGCCAUUGGACCUAGAACAAAAGCAAUAAUCUUAUGCUCUCCCGCAAACCCUACAGGUGUUGUUUUAACACCAGAAGAGCUAGAAAAGCUUGCUGAUCUAGGAUGUUGGUUAAUUGUCGAUGAAAUUUAUCGUAGUAUUGAAUAUGGUUGUGAACCAGUACCCUCUAGCCUAAAGUUAAACCGACCAAAUAUUAUUAUUGUAGAUGGAUUUUCGAAAAAAUAUGCAAUGACAGGAUAUCGUUUAGGUUAUGGUAUUUUUCCUCGCAUCUUAAAACAGAAAAUACAGGUAAUACAUCAAAAUUUGAUGAUUAGUGCUAACCCUUUUGUACAAGCAGGUGGUAUUACAGCUUUGACACAUCCGCAAGUUGAGUUGACACGUCAAGUAUGGUUAAAGGAGUUACAGAAAAGGAGAGCGGUACUAAUGUCAGGCCUUGAUGUUUUGGGUAUAAAUAUAUUUGCUAAACCAGAGGGUGCUUUUUAUCUACUUGCUGAUUUUCGUUGGACGGGCAAAAAAAGUCUUACUUUAGCAGAUGAGAUUCUUGACCAGUGUGGUGUUGCUUUAACACCAGGAAUUGACUUUGGUACACAGGCAGAAGGCUUUUUACGCUUUAGCUUUUCAAAAUCUGUACCUAUUAUAGAAAAAGCGUUGACACGUUUAAAUCAGUGGAUUAAGGUUCAGUAA